AUGGACGACCUGACUGUAGAGGCGGUUCUAGAGUUUAUUCUAUCACACGGAGGACGGGUCCUUAACUCUAAACUGGUCAGCCAGUUUAAGGACUACCUGAAUCACCCUGUCAAUAAAGUUAGCAACAGAGAGAAGUUUAAAGGUUUUGUUAACGAGCUUGCUGUUUUGAAGACUGAGAAUGGUGAAAAGGUUCUAGUACUGAAGAAGAAAUACUCUCAAGGCUUAGACCGCUUCAGCGACUUCCAUGGCAUCACUACCAAACCUGGAGCUGAUAGCCCUGAUGGAGGUACAAUGUCAAAGGCCAGAGCCGAUGAGAAUGUGACGGUGGCAUUGCGACGGGGUGACAGAGUUCCUGCCUCUCCCAAGAUGUCAGAGGAUAGCAGUAGUAUGGACCAGCAGCACUUCCAUGACAACUCACAGAAAUCUGUCUCAUCCAGCACAUUCGGUGUAGCCUCCAUGGAUGAGGAUGCUAACACUUCCAUUGACAGUGUGAAAGACAAGAUUAAACUGUUGAACAAGAACAUCUCUGAGUCAGACCUCAACCGCUUGAAGUCUGGUGGAGGUAACAAGAAAACUCACAAACAUGCAGGUGGAGAUGAUGAAAACUCUCACGACUAUUACAUGAAUGUGAGUAAAACUUGGCUGAUGGUUUGUGCUACCUCCAACUAUCACGACAUGAACCGGCUGCUGUCCAAAAAUCCAGGUCUUGCCAAACUGAAGAUCUGUUAUAUUAACACCUAUAACUAUGUUGACUUCACAUAU